CAAUUGAUUUGAUGCCAGGCGAAUAGGGAUAGUCACCAAAUUUCCAUCCACGUGCAGUUUGAAGUUUUUCCUCAUUCAAUCAGUCAAAGUUGAAAGUUGAAACGAAACACCUCUUCGUUAAAAUCGCUCAAUUCAAUUUCCAUUCCAUCUUAUCUCUUCGCUUAUAAUUCAAUCUCGAAUUCACUUCACAAAUUCACACCAGAGAAAUCGAUAAUGGAAGGAAUAGAACACAGAAUAGUUGAAGUAAAUGGCAUCAAGAUGCAUAUCGCUGAAAAAGGCAAAGAAGGACCGGUUGUUUUGUUCCUUCACGGCUUCCCUGAACUCUGGUACUCAUGGCGCCACCAGAUUGCGGCUCUCGGUUCCCUCGGUUACCGCGCGGUGGCUCCGGAUCUUCGCGGCUACGGCGACACCGAAGCUCCUUCUUCGAUUAGCAGCUACACAAUUUUCCAUUUGGUUGGUGAUAUUGUUGCUCUUAUCGACUCACUCGGUGUUGAACAAGUGUUUCUGGUGGCUCAUGAUUGGGGUGCUAUCAUUGGUUGGAAUCUCUGUUUGUUUAGACCUGAAAGAGUGAAAGCUUAUGUGUGUCUGAGUGUUCCAUAUUUACCGAGAAAUCCCAAAAUCAAACCUGUUGAUGCCAUGCGAGCUGUGUUUGGUGAUGAUUAUUAUGUCUGCAGAUUUCAGGAACCCGGUAAAACAGAAGCUGAAUUCGCGAAAAGCCCAGAACUGGUUAUGAAGGCCAUGCUUACAGGUAGGAGUGGUAAGCCACUUAUCAUACCCAAAGAGGGCUUCUUAGCUUUUCCCGAAGCUAUAAAAUCAAGGCCCCUGCCUUCAUGGCUCUCACAACAAGAUAUCAAUUACUAUGCUUCUAAAUUUGAAGAGACAGGAUUCACCGGUGGCCUUAACUACUAUAGAAAUUUUAACUUAAAUUGGGAGUUGACAGCAGCAUGGACUGGAGCACAAAUUAAAGUGCCAGUGAAGUUCAUCACAGGUGAUUUGGAUUUAGUUUACCUGUCUUUUGGUUCGAAGCAAUACAUUGAGAGUGGUAAUUUCAAGAAAGAUGUGCCAAAUUUGGAGGAAGUAGUUAUACAGGAAGGUGUGGCUCACUUCAACAACCAAGAAGCUGCUGAGGAAAUCAGUAAUCACAUUUAUGAAUUCAUCAAGAAGUACUAGUUCUGAUGUUGCUAUCAACUCAAUUCUUAAGCAACUAUUCAUUACUAGAUGUUUUGUCUAAAUUUUCUUCUAAUAAAUAAUUAGCUGCAAUCUUAUGCUACUUUGCACUCGUGAUUGUGCUAUUAUGGAAACUUCAUUGUUCAAAGAUAUAUAAAGACACCAUCAUGCCGU